UACAUAGAACCAUGCAUAGAAAAUAAAUGUUUAUCAUUCAUCAGUCUCACUUCUCUACAGUCUCAUCUAAUUAACAUUGACUGGACAAAUAUCUUCCGAGCUCUUCAAACAGAGAACAUAGAAGUGCUAAUGUUUUACAUCUCUUGUUUGUCUGGACUGAAGAAGAUGGAACUGCGUGUGCACAGUCUGACUGAGAGUUGGGCUAUUCAGAUUGUCUCCCUCAGCAAGAACUGCCCCAGUCUAACUGAACUCAGGAUACAUGGUUGGAUACCGGAGGAGGCAAUCAGGGUUUUCCAGAAGUCACAGAUAAGACCAGACUGUGCACUGACAAUUGAAGGCUACAGAUGCAAAGGAGGUAAGCAGUGUUCACAUAUGAAUGACUGCAGGGAGACUGUGAAGAUUCAUCUGAAUGCAGGGGGCUUUUCUAUGGAGAUUUUAAGACCGCCAUUGUUUGGAAACUAAGCUACAGAUCAAGAACUUGGAAUAAAUAUAAUGGUGUCAGUUACACUGCAUCCUGUGGAUGAUGAAUCAGAGCGCCGUUUGGAUCAGCGUCUCCUCAUUAAAACAAUGUAACAUAUA